UUGCUUGCGUUGUACACAGUUGGUAUUUUUUGAUUGUGCGUGGAAGAUUUGCGAAUUCCAUGUGGUGUGCGAAACGCGUUCUCCAUAAUGGAAGUUGAUCAGGCGAGUGAAAAUGUGAAGCAAACUGAGGAACUGUACGCGUACACAAAGAGGCAGGAGUUUACGUCGGAGUCUUUCAAGAUCGAAGUUCGAGGUCUGCCGAAGUACUAUGGUCUCGGGGAAUUCAAGAAGCUUUUGCAAAAAACGUUGCAUCUAAAUCCUCACAAACUCAAACCACUGGGACCAAAAUCGACUGCUAUAUUUAUAGCGUUCAAAAAUGAAAAUGAUCGUCUGGAGGGAAUAAGUAAAUUGAACGGCUUCAAGUGGAAGAAGAAUGAACUUUCUGCUUUUGUACGUUCCUUGAGUAUAUUGAGAAAUACUCGCGUAUCAAGCUGGCCCUUCUUAUGUUCUCAGAAAAGUUCUGCUGCGCCAGAUCCUUAUGUGAAGAAAACAUUGCAGAGCGGACAAUUUGCCUCUUUCACCGAAGAUGAAGCGAAAUCCGCGAUCGAGAAACAGACUAUUCCUUUGUUCGCAGAAUCAGAUGAUGAGCAGUGUUCAAAGAAACGUCAAGCGGUUUGUGCUGUCGUGAAGAACUUGGGAAAGCAAUUGUUGAAAGUUAAUGAGCCCUUGACGAGCUGGAUUUUGGAGCAGAAGAAGUUACACGGAGGAAUUUUUUGCGAUGUUGACCCUUGUUUGGCAUCUCCUGUAAAGGAUGGCUACAGGAAUAAAUGUGAAUUCACCAUUGGUCCAGAUAUCGUCACGAAAGAACCAUCAGUUGGGUUCAGACUGUCUAGUUACAAGGCCGGGUCUAUUGGAGUAGCUCAAAUAGGACAUCUCGCUCAAGUAUCUGAUCUGAUGAAGAAAAUUGUCUCAGUAUGCAAUGAAAAGAUUCAUUAUUCCUUCAAGAGUAAUUAUGAAGAGUUAAUUUUUAUUUCCCAGCAUUUCGACAUUUUCGUCAAGAAAUCCCCUUAUUUACCGUACAACCCCGUGGAUCAUUCGGGUUAUUGGAGAACGUUGAUGCUUCGAACUACAAGAAAUGGUGAUGCAAUGGCGUGUAUUGGUCUUCAUCGGCAGCAGUUGGACCCGGUCGAAAUGGACCAGUUGAAAGCUGAUGUUAUCAAAUGCCUUACGGAUCCCGCUCUCGAAAGCUGCGUGAAGUCCAUUUAUUUGAAGGAUGAAGGUCGACGGAACAUCGACAGAGAAAAUGGAAAUGCUCGUCAAAAUCCCGCAUCCGACGUGACCCAUAUCUUCGGUGAAGAAUACGUGGCCGAAACUAUACGGGGAUUAAAGUUUCGAAUUUCACCGAAAUCUUUUUUCCAGUGCAACACGUAUGGCGCUGAGGUGCUUUACGACACAAUUCUCAAAGUGGCUGAUCUCCGCCCUACUGAGUCUUACGUAUUUGAUGUGUGCUGUGGUACGGGAACUAUUGGGUUGUGUGCCGCGGAUUCGUGUGUGAAAGUCGUCGGAGUAGACAUUGUUCCGGAAGCCAUCGAAGAUGCUAAGCAUAACGCAGAAGUGAAUGACUUGGCAGCGAAAGUUGACUUCAUCGCUGGUUCAGCGGAAGAACUUAUUUGUGGCUUGCUCAAGAAGCUCAACAUUUAUGGUGCUGGUGAAAAUGGAUCGAAAAACAUCGUAGCGAUUGUCGAUCCUCCUCGAGCUGGCCUUCAUCGAAAGGUCAUCAGUGUUCUGAGGCGAGAAAAAGACAUCGGAAAAAUUGUGUACGUAUCAUGCGAUCCGAAAAGCGCGACGCAGAAUUUCAUUGAUCUGGGCAGGGAAUGGUCGGGCAAUUACCCGGGAGAACCAUUUUUGCCGACGAAAAUCGUCCCCAUUGACUUGUACCCAUACACUGAACACGUGGAAGUUGUCAUAUUAUUCGAACGUGCUUCCGCCUGCGUGAAAAUCUUGGAACUGCCUGUUGAGGAUUCCAGUGAGAAAGCGGAUCCAAGUUCCAGCUGAGAAAUCGAAUGCAUUUUUACUGUGACAAUAAGUCUCCGUGCGUCGGUGGAAUAUUGAAUUUAUGUGUUUCAAUUUC